UGGUCAGUUGGUCACUCAGAAGUCAGUACUCAGAACGUCCGAGUGUCCUACUCGUCACUCGUCAUUUGUAGUUGUUGAUAUCAGUUGGAGUGUUUUGUAGUAGAAGCGGUGCUUGUGUUUUCGUACUGGAACAGACGCAAUGGCGGUUCCGAAGAAGCCAAUGGAGGAAUUCGAGGAAGAAUUUAUCAAGUUGGAAAUUGAAGAAAUCGCGGCAAAGUACAAAUUUGACGAAAGUUUGCGCGGUAAAUGGAUGCUGUUCUUCGAGAACGAAUCUAUGAACGACAUGUGGGCGAAGGCUGUAGAGCUCUACAGCGCUGGAGAGCUGCCAGGCGUCAUCUCUAUCAAGGCGUCGACCGCCGCUCAUUGCGCCCGCUCUAGUGACCCCUCCUGCGGAGCAAUACGCUUCAAGUGCGGGCCUCACACUGACCGCGAACUAGUUCUUCAGUACGGGCAGCAGCUGGUCAAGAAAAUGGGUUACAGUGACAGUUUUGGUUUCGUGGCAUAUAAAACUGAUAGUCAGUCGAAGAUCGGUACCAAAGCAACAGGAGCGAUAAAGAACUAUUUGUACCGUUUACCAGUGUCGACGUACAAUCAUCUCAAGCAAAGAUCGGGCAAAUACUCGGAACCUCCCAUAGAAGUCCCGUCGCGAAUGUGGACUCACUACGUGAUGGCUGAAGUGAUGGGGGAUUACAUUGAAGAUCCUGCCGAGCUUAAUGAUUAUGCGAGAUGGACGUUGCAGUUCCCCAGAGGGCGACAACACGACUCUGCAUGGGUCAACGCUUGCCGUCUCUACCGCAGCGGCGAACUGAAAGACGUCGCAUACAUGCAAACGUCGACAGCCAAAGCUAAAUCGGGCAAAGAGAACAAGAAAGAUGGCGUUAUCACGUUUUUCUGCCGUGACAACCUUCCGUUGUCGAGGCUGCAGCUCUGUGGAGACAAUCUUGUUGAAACUUUCAAGUACUCCCACAGAAAAGGAGAACUAAAAUGCGUUUCCUACAUGAGUGAGUCAAACGAACCAGGAUAUAUGGUGCUGUGCAGAGUUCCCACACUUGGAUCCCACCGUCGUGCUUAAAUAAGACGAACUGCUCCAUGUUCUUAAUCUUGGCCACUUGAAAAGCCGCCUUUUGUCCUGAUCAUCUUUAGUGAAACUAAAAUCUUUCUCCUUCAAUAUAAAUCAUAGCAGGCUACCGCUACUCUGUUGAACUAUUCCUCUGGUACUUCAAUUUUCUUCUCUCUUAUCAUUUGAACUAUUGAUGUUUACAUAUUAAAUCGGAAAUUUUGCAAUUUUUGGUGUCUUUAAAGCUGCUGUUUUCACACAACGACGGCAAAAUCUGCGUCUCAAUUCCCUCGCCUAUUUCUGAUGCUUUACUAUGAUUCUGUUUCGACCUUCUGCUGGCUUGAAACUCUCCUGUUAUCUCACCCUCGCCAUUGUUAACCCCCACAACAAAAAGGAUUGUCGCCCAUGUUUAGGUUUAACUUUAUUUGUGGUUUUCUCGCUAUUUUCCGAGAACAAUUUUGAUUUUUUCAAGUGAAACAUUUUACUUUCCAAGUUCUUUGCAGGAAACAGCUUAUUUUAAUUUCAAGUGUUAUUAUCAUAAGAAAAUCUAGAUGAGAUGAACAAUGUAAAAUUAUUUUCUGAGCAGUGAUGAGAAUCUUCCUGAUAAAUGUACAUCUGUACUAUUUGAACGUUCAAAUCAUGUUAAUUUGGUUCAUAAAUCUAUUCCGGGUACGGGUUAUUGAGGGUAUCAUACUAAUCUGUGUAACGGAAUUAAUUUGUUGAAUGAAACUUGAUUUUCUUCGGUUUUACCAGAUCGAAAAAUUUACUUUCAUGUGUGAGAUUUAAAAACAUGUAUUUACUUACGAUGUUGAGAAGCUAAUGAACUCAAAACUAUCAGAAAUGGGAUAAAAUAACAGCCUUCGAUGCACCAUUAUUAAAGCAUUAAGCUAUAUAUAUCACUCAAUAAAUUCUAACAGGUUUGUGUACGGUGUAUUAACGAUAUUGAAAUUCAACAGAUUGCACAGUACUCCAGUUUUCAAACGAUAUCAUUUAUCAUGUACAAUGUGACUGCUUCCUAAAUUCGACAUAGAAAAAAUCAUUUUUUCUUAAAGCAGAUAUUAUAUUAAGUCGGAUUCUCAUACCUUGUAUUACUAAGACAACGGAAAUUAUUUUUUAUUAGAUAUAAAUUGAAAUCAUU